AUGCAGCUGGCUGAACUCACUUGGAGCAUUGUUGGUGUAGUGACUGUGCCUUCAGGCGGCAGAUGGUCGGUAGUGACUGUGCCUCCAGGCGGUAGAUGGCUGCAGAUAGUCGGUGGUGACUGUGUCUGCAGGCUGCAGGUAGUCAGUAGUGACUGUGUCUGCAGGUUGUCGGUAGUCGGUAGUGACUGUAUCAGCAGGCUGCAGAUAGUCGGUAGUGACUGUGUCUGCAGGUUGCAGGUAGUCGGUAGUGACUGUGUCUGCAGGCUGCAGAUAGUCGGUAGUGACUGUGUCUGCAUACUGCAGGUUGUCGGUAGUGACUGUGUUUUCAGGCUGCAGAUAGUCGGUAGUGACUGUGUCUGCAGGCUGCAGGUAGUUGGUAGUGACUGUCUGCAGGCUGCAGUUUUGCAGGUAGUCGGUAGUGAUUGUGUCAGCAGGCUGCAGAUAGUCGGUAGUGACUGUGUCUGCAGACUGCAGGUAGUCGGUAGUGAAUGUGUCUGCAGGUUGCAGGUAGUCGGUAGUGACUGUGUCUGCAGACUGCAGAUAGUCGGUAGUGACUGUGUCUGCAGACUGCAGAUAGUCGGUAGUGACUGUGUCUGCAGGUUGCAGGUAGUCAGUAGUGACUGUGUCUGCAGGCUGCAGGUAGUCGGUAGUGAUUGUGUCAGCAGGCUGCAGAUAGUCGGUAGUGACUGUGUCUGCAGACUGCAGGUAGUCGGUAGUGAAUGUGUCUGCAGGUUGCAGGUAGUCGGUAGUGACUGUGUCUGCAGACUGCAGAUAGUCGGUAGUGACUGUGUCUGCAGGCUGCAGGUAGUCGGUAGUGACUGUGUCUGCAGGCUGCAGGUAGUCGGUAGUGACUGCGUCUGCAGGCUGCAGGUAGUCGGUAGUGACUGCGUCCGCAGGCUGCAGGUUUUCGGUAUUUGUUUUUGA